GAAUAUCAUUUAUUAUAUAUGUUUUUUACAUUAAAGGAAUAUUAGUUUUUUAAAUUUUAAUUAUAGGACCAAGUUUUAUACCUUAUAAGGAAUUACUUAUAGUUAAUUAAGGACUUACUUAUAUAUUUUAUGAAUGAGAUUGCUAUUUUAUUGAUUUCAAAGGGUAUUCCGUUAAAAGGUUUUAAUAUUUUUUAAUUUAUUUAUAAUCUUCAUUAAGUUUCUUUAGGUCACAAAAGCUUUUUAUUUAAGUAAUUCUUUUUAACAUAUCUAUAUUUUAUUCGUCUAUUUACAUUAAUCGUUAUUUUUAUUUAUAAGUUUCUUAAGAUCCUUAUUUUAAUUAAGAAAAAUAAUUUAUAUUCUAUAAACUAGAUAUGUUUUAGUUUCCUUUUGUAAUACUUUUGAUUCGUUCGAAUAUUUUUUCAUUUUCGUGUUUAAUUUUUUAUUCUACUUUGACUUUAUAAGGUUUUUUUUAUAACAAAUAUUUAUAACAACUUGGAGAGGAAACGUUUUUUAUUAAACUUAAAUUAUUUGAAUAUUGAUUAUUUUGUUAACUCUUAUUAUGAUUUUAAAUUUUUUCAAUCUAAUUAAGUAAAUUAGUGUUAUUU